AGACGAGAAACUUGCUGCUUCUUUGCUGGAUGGGAAGUUUCCGCGGAGCACAUCGAUGCAAGACACCGUUAGGGAAGGGCACGGGAUCCCACCGCCCCCCCAGACGGCCCCACCCCCGCCUCCUUCUCCAUACUACUUCGACACGGGCCCCCCUCCAUCCUUCUCUCCACCUCCGCCCCCAGGGAGAGCUUACGACACCAUCAGGUCGAGCUUUAAGCCCAGCCUGGAGGCGAAGCUCCACGGGCUGCCGCAGGUCAUCAGCGCGGCUGAGAUGUACGAUCAGGCGAGGACGUCCAUCCCCUAUCCCGAAAGGCAGAAGAGGGCCCGAUCCAUGAUAAUCCUGCAGGAUUCCUCCCAUCUCCCCGUGGAGCCGACGGAGAUCCCCCGGCCCGGCCCGUCCGCAACCCCUCCGGAGAAGCUGAAAAGGAAGGGGAGGGUGAUCGACAACCCCUACGCCAACAUGGGGCAGUUCAACGUCAGCCUGUUCGCUCCCACCAAGCCGCAGAGGAAGAAGAGCCCUCUGGUCAAGCAGCUGCAGGUGGAGGACGCGCAGGAGAGGGCGGCCCUGUCCAUCACGGGGGGCUUCACCAGGGAGCCCUCGCCCACCCGCCGGAGCCAUCGCCUGAGCGGCGUGGACUACCAGCACCACGCCGGCCUCGCGCAGGUCGAAGCCACGAGCAUCCCCUUCGCCACUGCCAUCGCUGGGGUCAUGAAGGACAGAGACCGACGUCUGGACGAGAAGCGCAAAUCCACUGUCUUCCUCUCGGUCGGGGCCAUCGAAGGCACCCCCCCCAGCAGCGACAUGCCAUCCCUGCAGCAGUCCAGGUCUAUCGAUGAGCGGUUGUUAGGAAGCCGAGAUGUACUACUGCCUUCCCCCGUCUCAGCUUUAAAGCCAUUAAUUAGCAGCUCAUCCUCUACGUUCAUCCACCCCCUGACGGGAAAGCCCCUGGAUCCCAACUCGCCACUGGCGCUUGCGCUGGCCGCAAGGGAGAGGGCCCUCUCCACCCAAGUCCCAUCCCGGUCGCCCACCCCGAUCCACAGCCCGGACUCCGACAGAGCGGCGCCGCUGUUCGUGGACAUCCAAACCAAAGAACCGGAGAGGGUGGAGCUGGAGAGCUUGGUGUCCCCCGCCUAUUCGCCCGGAGCGAAAGGGGCCGUGGCGGCCGAGGCGGCGGCGCUGACCCCCGCCAAGAGCCCGUGGGGAACCCCGUCCACGCUGAGGAAAGAAGCCGAGGCGAGGGUGGAAGCGCCCGGCAAGGAGGAGAAGAAGCCGGAAGACAAGAAGUCCAUGAUCAUCAGCAUCGUGGACACGUCGCAGCAGAAGACCGCCGGCCUGAUCAUGGUUCACGCCACAAGUAACGGCCAAGACGAGAUCGGACUUGAGCUGAAGGAGGACAAGCCGGCGGUGCCCGAAGCGUGCGCGGAGCCGGCGGAGCCGCCCAAAGCGGAGCCUCAGCCCAGCCCCGCGGGGAAGGGGCCGGGCAGCCCUGCAGCCGCCGCCGCCGACAAGACGCUGGGGCAGGGCAGCUCGGAGGAGGAGGUGGAGCCCUACACCGUGACGCUGCCGCCGGCGCAGCUGUCCUCGAGCGACGAAGAGACCAGGGAGGAGCUGGCCAAGAUCGGGCUGGUGCCUCCGCCCGACGAGUUCGCCAACGGGGUCCUGGUCACCACCCCCGGCACCCCCGUCAGCCACCUGGCGGCGCCCAGCACGCCAUCCGCACCAGCGGCAGCAGGAGCUCCUCCGACCGCGGGCGGAACACCCUCAGGGAAGCCCCCCGACGCCCCAGCGGCCCCGGAGUCGGCGGCCGACUCGGGCGUGGAAGAGGUGGACACGAGGAGUUCGAGCGACCACCACCUGGAGACCACGAGCACCAUCUCCACGGUCUCCAGCAUGUCGACGCUGUCCUCGGAGAGCGGGGAGCCCACUGACACGUACACUUCCUUUGCGGACGGACAAACUUUUAUACUCGAGAAGCCACCAGUGCCUCCAAAGCCAAAACUCAAGUCCCAGCUCAGCAAGGGGCCAGUUACUUUCAGGGACCCACUUUUGAAGCAGUCUUCGGACAGCGAGCUCAUCUCCCAGCAACAUGCGGCCACGCUGGCGUCCGCCAGCAUUGGCCGGCCACGCUACCUCUUUCAGAGAAGGUCCAAGCUAUGGGGGGACCCCAUGGAGAGCCGGCCGAUCCACGGGGCUGACGACGACAAGCCAACUGUGAUCAGCGAGCUGAGCUCCCGCCUGCAGCAGCUGAACAAGGACACGCGGUCGCUGGGGGAGGAGCCGGCCGGCUCCGCGCUGGAUCCCGGCAAGAAGUCUCCGGUGGUCGCGGCACGGCGGUCUGUCCCAGGAGGACCUUUGACGAGAGGCACUGGAAAAGAGGCCGAGGAAUACUGAGAACCUAAGCUCAGAGUUGAGGCAUUCAAUAGAGGGAACGUUUGUCCCGCCCUCCCCAGCCCUCCGUCCCCCCGUGCAGAUGGGCUGAGCCUGCCCAGGAGGCCCCGCUGCAGCCGUGCCCACGCUUUGCUCUCUCCCGUGGCCGUCAGGGUUGCCCACGGGGCCCCGCUGUGGCGCGGGACCUUGGGAUGUGACCCCAGAGCUGGGAACACGCCGGCCUCGCUGCCCUCUGACCGCUGCGUGUGGGGAGGCCCCGAAACCCGCAGCAGCGCGAGGGUCGGGAGUGAAGAGCCGCUGAGCCGCACGCGGUUCAGGAGCCACCCGCAGCUGUGCCAUCCAUUACCACAAUAAAGCUGUCGUGAACCAACAGAGGUGUAACGUUUCUGAUUAGCGCUCAGUGAGUCAGAGCGGCGCGGCCAGGAGCUGCGCGGAGCCCAAGUCGUGGCUCCCCAGGUUGACUCACGGUUUCCAAGGCAGCUCUGCGUGGCUCGGAGGCGUCGCUCUUCGGGGUCUCAUUCUGCUCCCGGCUGUGGCCGCCCGGCCCUGCAGAGCUGCGCUGCCCCCAUGGGGUCGCAGGGCUGCGUGUGAGCUGUGCUGCCUGGAGCCAGGAGCGCAGCGAGCGCCAACACGGGGGCCCGGAAUCACGGGGUGGCACAAAGCUCGUCUGAUGGCAGCCCCCAGCAGCUCCGGGUUGGGUCAGCACAGCUCUGGUUCAGUGCAGGUGCGAGGCUUUUUGUUUUUGCUCCUUUGCAUCUUUGCGUUUCAGCAGCGGCCAAGCAGACGGAGAAGCAGAGCUUCGGCUGCGGAAGCCGAGUUGUUCAGGUGCUGUUUCAGGAGAGCCACGACUGCUUUGUGUCUGUACAGAUGGGGAAGGGAGGAGAGAAAUGAGCCUUUAGGCAUCUGGCUGCCAGGGCAAAGCCACCUCUUUCUGUGUAACCCACCGGUUACAUGUGGUGCAGUGAAACGGUGUGGGAUGGAUUCGUGCUUGUCCAGAGUGGGAUUCAGGAGGAGCGGAGCAGCACUGGUGGCCCAAAGGGGGACAAAUGAGAGGCACUCAGUGACGGCAGCCUCACAGCGCAGGGAUGCGCACCUCGGUGCAGGAGAAGAGCUGUGAGUGGGGCUCCUUCUGGACAGAAGACCUCCAGCCCAGCUCUGUCAUCAGCUGCAAAACCGUCUGAGAGAAAGCAGCCAGAGGGUGAGAUGCUCCGGUGUGGAAAAGGAUGAAGGGAGAGAGCUGGAAGUGCGUGUUGGAGUCCUCUGCCACUUCGGGCUCACUGCUUGAGCACAGCAAGUCACCGCAGCAUGGCACGGCACAGCAUGGCACGGCACAGCAUGGCACAACAUGGCACAGCACAGCAUGGCACGGCACAGCAUGGCACGGCACAGCAUGGCACAACAUGGCACAGCACAGCAUGGCACGGCACAGCAUGGCACAACAUGCCACAGCAUGGCACAACAUGGCACAGCACAGCAUGGCACGGCACAGCACGGCACAACAUGCCACAGUAUGGUACAGCAUGGCACGGCACAGCAUGGCACAACAUGCCACAGUAUGGUACAGCAUGGCAUGGCACAGCAUGGCACAGCAUGGCACAACAUGCCACAGUAUGGUACAGCAUGGCACGGCAUGGCAUGGCACAGCAUGGCACAGCACAGCAUGGCACGGCACAGCACAGCACAGCAUGGCACAGCACAGCAUGGCACGGCAUGGCACAGCAUGGCACAACAUGGCACAGCACAGCAUGGCACGGCAUGGCACAGCACAGCACAGCAUGGCACAGCACAGCAUGGCACGGCACAGCACAGCACAGCAUGGCACAGCGCAGCAUGGCACGGCAUGGCGCAGCACAGCAUGGCACAACAUGCCACAGUAUGGUACAGCAUGGCACAGCACAGCAUGGCACAGCAUGGCGCAGCAUGGCACAGCACAGCAUGGCACGGCACAGCAUGGCACGACACAGCAUGGCACGGCACAGAAUGGCACAGCAUGACACAGCAUGGCAUGGUGCAGCACAGCACAGUAUGGCACGGCACAGCAUGACACAGCACAGCAUGACACGGCACAGCAUGGCACAGCAUGGCACAGCACAGUAUGGCACAGCACAGUAUGGCACGGCACAGCAUGGCACGGCACAGUAUGGCACAGCAUGGCACGGCACAGUAUGGUACAGCAUGGCACAGCAUGGCACAGCGUGACACGGCACAGCAUGGCACGGCACAGCACAGCAUGGCACAGCAUGGCACGGCACAGCACAGCAUGGCACAGCACAGCAUGGCACAGCACAGCAUGGCACAGCACAGCACGGCACAGCACAGCAUGGCACAGCACAGCACGGCACAGCACAGCAUGGCACAGCACAGCAUGGCACAGCAUGGCACGGCACAGCACAGCAUGGCACAGCACAGCACGGCACGGCACAGCAUGGCACAGCACAGCACGGCACGGCACAGCACGGCACGGCACAGCGUGGCCUGGCACGGCAUGGCAAGACAAGUUGGUGGCAGUGCCUGGCGCUCCCAGGGGCUAACAGCACUUCCUCCAUGCCCACCAUCCCUCCUGGGGCCGUGCGGGGCUGAGCUGAGCUCCUCCAGCGCCGUUCCUCAGCUCUGGCUCAGCG